AUGAAUUAUAGAAUUGAAAAGGCUGACUUAUAUAUUAGAUAGCAUCGAAUAAUCGAGUUGUUUGAGGAUUUGACUACAGCCAUCUCAUACGAAUAACCAGGAGACAUAAAAAAGUUUUUGAUUGAAUAAUUGCAGUUAAAAUAGAAAUUCGGUUUCAAAACAGGUUUAUUCAAACCAGAAGAAAUUGAUAACAUUUUCACACUAUUUGAUUUAAAAUAAGACGGAUGGAUUUCUAAAAAGUAAGCAAUUGAUGCUUUCAAAGUUAUGGCAGCUUCCCAAUAUCAACUCAAAGAUGAGUCUAUUUUUCCAGAAAAAGUCACAAAAAAGUAAUUUGCAGAAAUUAUCGGAGAACACCUAGGUAUAAAAUGA